AUGGUGAAAUUCUAUCUGAUCACUGAACAGGCAGCAGUAGCCGAAGCUCUCGAUGCGAACUUGGGUAGAUAUUUGGGUGAGGGGCCAUCUUCUGCUGCUGCUACCACCACCGAGCCGACCAAUGUGGUGUAUGCGAUUGGCGGCACGUAUUUCUUAAGAAAACGUCCACUUUUACUACUAGACUCUCUCCUACUACUCGUUCGACAAAAUACUGCUUUUCUCUUUCCUCUCACCCACCACACAAAAAAAGCUACUUUUCUUUCUUUCUUCUUAGUAACUUCUACUUUUGGGCCGCAUCUAGAAGACACGACUUUACGCUCUGGCUUACUACUAGCUCUGUUGUGCCUUGGAAGACAAACACACUUCGGCAUUGUUAGCAGUUACUCGAAUUUUCAGGACAGGAUUUCUGACCAAAAACUUUUUACGGCAAUGGUCGACUUGCAGCAAGCACUUUAUGCAGAACGAGACAUCGCAAAAAAACUCAAAAGUUAUAUUAUCCAAGAAGAAGAAAGACUGAAAGAAUUAAAAAGACUUGCUGAAGAUUAUGAAGAUCAUAGUGCUCAUGCAUUAGAAAAUCCAGACUUUUACCUUGGUAAUCCUGUAAAUGCAUUUUUACUUGUGAAAAGAUUUACUUUAGACUGGGAAAAAACAUUCCACUUACUCAAAGACAACAUCACAAAUGAGGUUGCAGCAACUAUAGAUAUCAAAAGACAACAACUCCCUGACUAUGAAGAUCUGAAUGGUGCUGCUGCAGCCUUACUUCGUUUACAAGAUACAUAUCAGUUGGAUGCUUCUGAAAUUGCAAGAGGAGAGUUGGGUGGAGUGAAAUCAGUAGAACUUACAGCUGACGAAUGCUUUGAGCUGGGGCGUUAUGCCUACAACCAGCAAGAUUUCUACCAUACAAUCAUGUGGAUGCAGGAGGCAUUGGAACUGGAAGGCCAAGAACACAACAAAACGGUUGAUAGAUCGCUAAUCCUUGACUACUUAUCAUUUGCCAUGUCAAUGCAAGGAAAUGCUCGUCUUGCUUUGGUUUUAACCAAUGAAUUACUUGAACUUGUUCCUGACCAUCAACGAGCAAAGAACAACAAGUAUUAUUUUGAAAAAAUAAUUGCGGAGGAACAAGCCAGUACAGGACAGCAGAGAGGAGACACUGGAGAGGCUUUACUUAGGAAUCCACGGCAUAUUGAUGAAUACAGAAAUUCUGAAGAAUUUUAUACAUAUGAAAGACUGUGCAGAGGGGAAGAAACUCAGCCAAUAAAAGAUUACCACAAGCUCAAGUGUCAAUAUGCUUGGUAUGGAAACCCUUAUUUGUUCUAUGCUCGUGUCAAAGAGGAGGAGAUGCAUUUAGACCCUUGGUUAGUGAUUUAUCAUGAUAUUGUAACUGAUAAAGAGAUUGAUUUUAUCAAAGACUAUGCUCGACCAAAGUUAAAUCGUGCUACUGUUCAAAAUUCUGUGACUGGAAAAUUGGAAACUGCAACAUACAGAAUAAGUAAAAGUGCCUGGUUGAAAGGAGAAGAACAUGAGAUAUUUGAAAAAAUUAAUAAAAGAAUUCAGACAGUCACAAAUCUAACACUUAGUACUGCAGAAGAACUACAGGUUGCCAAUUAUGGCAUUGGUGGUCAUUAUGAGCCCCAUUUUGAUUUUGCCCGGAAAGAAGAGACAAAUGCCUUCAAGAGAUUGGGUACAGGAAACCGGAUAGCCACAUUUUUAAUCUAUAUGAGUGAUGUUCCAAGUGGAGGAGCCACUGUUUUCCCUUAUCUUGGUUUAAAAUUAUUCCCCAAGAAAGGUACUGCUGCCUUUUGGUAUAAUCUGCAGAAAAAUGGUGACGGAAUCUUUAACACACGACAUGCUGCUUGUCCAGUGUUGGUUGGAAAUAAAUGGGUAAUGAACAAAUGGAUUCAUGAACGAGGACAGGAAUUCCGAAGACCAUGUUCAAUAUAUCCGGAUGUGUAA